AUGGGGAGAGGAAAGAUUGUGAUCCAAAAGAUCAACAAUUCGACUAGCCGGCAAGUGACUUUCUCCAAGAGAAGAAACGGAUUGCUCAAGAAAGCUGAGGAGCUUUCAAUCCUUUGUGAUGCUGAAGUUGGGCUCAUAAUCUUCUCCAGCACUGGGAGGCUUCAUGAAUUUGCAAGCACUAGGAUGAAAUCUGUAAUUGGAAGAUACAAACAAUAUAAUGAGGAGCAUCAAUUGUUGAGUCCAACUUCUGAGGUCAAGCUUUGGCAAAGGGAAGCAGAAAGCUUGAGGCAACAGUUGCAGUACUUGCAAGAAAGCUACAGGCAAGUAUUGGGGGAAGAACUUUCUGGUUUAAGCGUGGAGGAACUUCAAAAUCUGGAAAACAAGUUGGAGACUAGUCUGACGGCAGUCCGGGUAAAAAAG